AUUAAAUAAAUAAAUAAACAUUGCUGAUUUCAUAUGAUGAUAAUAAAGCACUGAAUGAUGACUCUUUCUUUCUUCUCCUCUCUUUUCUUCUUCUUCUUCCCUUACUCUUUCUGCAACAUCAAACAAUAACAAUCUUCCCUUCAAGCCGGCCUAAACCCCAUUACCCCAAACUCUGAUCUUUUUUUUCUUUCUUUCUCCAUCACUCUCUAUUGGAUCAUCAAAUAUUGAAUUUCAUUCCCCUCAAGAAGAUUUUUACUUUUGUGAAUUUUGACCCAUUUGGCCACCGCCAAAUUUCGAUCUUCUCCGUGCCAAAUUUGUAAUCUUUCCGACCUUUGGCGAGGUGGGUCGAUCCAAUUUCGCUCCAAUAAUCGUGGGUUUGAUCUGAAAAGGGAAAAGAAAGGGAAAUAGAAAAGAAAAAAAAAAUUGGGUUCUUUCUGAUUCAAGAUUUUGUCCUUUUUUGUUUCUGAAAUGGUCUAUUUCCAUAGCUCAAUCUCUCUCUGCAAGUCCGUUGAUCAAUCAUCUUCCAUGGCGAAUUCAAUUUGUUCUGCGGAUUUCGGUUCGAAAUCGAGGCAAACGAAUAACCACCAGGCUCAGAAGAAUCGGAGGGCCCCAAGUUCUUCGUCAUCAUCGAAUUCCCUUCAGAUUCCACCCUGUGAUCGAUCUCGAUCGGCCAUGGUCGAUGUUGUGAUGUUCAUUGCUGUGGUUGGCGCCUGCGGGUUUUUGAUCUUCCCUUAUGUGGAAUUUUUGGUGACAAAGUGUUACGAGGGUGUAAGGGCUGUUGUGUUUUUGAUCAAGGAAGAGGUUUCCGUUGCACCUUGGAUCUAUGCCUCCAUAGGGCUUAGUGUUGUGUGUGCCGCAUUGGCCACGUGGGGUGUGGUGGCUUGCACCACCAGGAAGUGUGGGAACCCCAAUUGCAAGGGUUUGAGGAAAGCUGCUGAGUUUGACAUUCAGUUGGAGACUGAGGAUUGUGUGAAGAAUUCGGCGGCGGCGGCGGCGACCACAGUGGCGGCGAAAGAUGGCGGUGGUGUGAAGAAGGGUCUCUUUGAAUUGCCCCGUGAUCAUCAUAGGGAGCUGGAGGCUGAGCUCAAGAAGAUGGCACCACCUAAUGGAAGGGCUGUACUGAUUCUCCGGGCCAGGUGUGGAUGUUCUGUUGGUAGAUUAGAGGUUCCUGGACCGAGGAAGCAUCCUCGGAAGAUCAAGAAGUAGUAGCAGACAAUUCUGUUCGAGACGAGUAGGAUUCAGGAGAGGAGAGGGGAGGACACUCCUUUUGAUUUAUUGGAAGGAAGGAAAGGGAUGAUGAUUGGAUCAAAUAGAGAACGUGUACUUGUUACUAUCCUUAUGUUCAUUGAUCUAGUAGGAAAUUAGGAUGUCUUUAAAUAAGCCCCUUGGCAAUAACUUGUAAGGAACUAUGGGUUAUCAUCAUACAUAGUUAGUUGGUCAUACCUGGAAAUAGAGAAGAAAAAAAAACAUUUUUAUUUUAAUUUACUUUUUGAGUAUUCGAGAUUUAUACAUAGUUCUGAAAGAUUUCUGCUUCAGGGUUUUGAAUUUUACUGUCUCUUGUGGUUAUUGUUAUGUUAUGUUGUGUUAUUUUUUUUAUUUUUUUAUUUUUUAAUUUUUGGUGAUAACUGCCUAGGAUUUUAAGUUCUCAAUCUUGUUAUGAGCUGCAGGUUUUGAUAGAAUAAGUUUAAUGUUCUGAUCUUCUGAACUUUGUUUGAGUUUGUUUCAAUCUUGAAAAAUUCAUUUGAAGCUUAAAUGUAUUGUUUCUUUUAACUUGAUUUUACUGUUGAACUGUGAUGGAAACUUUCUCCUAUUUUCAUUGCCCCGUGAUGUGAUUGUAGGCAGACUUCUCUAGUAGAGGAUGUCUGGAAUGUUAACUGUGGAUAGACUGCUCAAGCUCCAGCUCUAGCACAUUACAUAUUUAUAUACAGUUACACACAAGGUGUUUGCAAAUAAAUUUCCAUGGUUGCUGUAUGGCCACAUUCAUUUCCUUCAUGCAGAUGUGCUAAACUGUAACUUGACAUUAAUUUUUUUCAUUUGCAAUAACCUUAAAUCAAGGGUAGUGCACAAGUGAAUAUUUUUCUACCAUUGAUGAGUAACUUGAGGGAGAACAAUCAGUUUUUAUAUGGAAUAAUGACCAGACUUGAACAGCAUGAUUGGUAAGAUGUUAAUGUUAAUUUAUAAUGCAUUGAGCCAACUAUUGAUUUCUACAUUAUUUUCUUCAUUGUAUCCAAAUAUUUGUUUUAUGGUAAUCUGAACAUACUUGAUUUUUCACUGUCAAGUUGAGUACUCUCGGUCUGUCUCACUUGUAGAAAUCAUCAGAAUGCUAAGCAGCCAUCUUGCAUCAAUCGCAAUUUUCUAGUCUGUAACCCGGUUGAAUAGUCUUACCGUAUGUUAUUAUGUUAUAUUCACUUAGUUCUAAAUUACACUGUAUAUUUUCUCUGUUA